AGGCUCUUUGGUUUCUUCUUCUUCUUCUUCUUCUACCUUUCUUUGGUUUUAUGCCUUUCUUUGGAUUGUUUCAGUAGCUGAGAUUACAAGGGAAACAAGAUGGAUAGUCCCAAUGAACCCUCCGCUUUUUCUUAUGCUAUCUGAAUUUAUAUGUACUUUAAUCACCUCCUUUCUUUCUUGCUUCAGCUUCUGCGAAAACAGCAAUGGCCGAGUACAUGUGUUUGUUUCACAAGGAUACUCUAAUUAUAAAAUCUCCCAAGAAAUCUCCAUUGUUCUUAAGGACAGUAGUUUUCUUGUUUGCUGUAGUGUGUGGUAUUUAUGUCUGUACAGUUUGUUUAAAGCAGUUAACUACUGUUACCAAAGUCCAAUUUCAAAACUUCCAAGUCAUAGAGAAUCCAACUCCAGAUAGUAACAUUAUCGAACAAAUUGAAGCUCAAAUUCCUAGCUUGCACUACCCUAAACCUGAAACUUUUAGCAGGGGUGAAUGCACACAAAAUCCGGUACGAUUCUUUUCCAUAUUGUCGAUGCAGAGGUCCGGAAGUGGAUGGUUUGAGACUUUACUAAACAGCCAUAUCAAUAUAAGCUCAAAUGGGGAGAUAUUCUUUCCAGUGGAUAGGAGGAAAAACAUUUCGACUAUUAUACAGACUUUAGACAGAGUUUACAGUUUAGAUUGGUUCAAUAGUGCUUCCAAGAAUGAGUGUUCUGCUGCUGUUGGCUUCAAGUGGAUGCUGAAUCAGGGACUGAUGGUGAACCAUAAAGAAAUAGUAGAAUACUUUAAUCAUUGGGGAGUUUCUGUUGUAUUUCUCUUUCGAAGAAAUUUGCUUCGAAGAAUGGUUUCUCUGCUUGCGAAUUCAUAUGAUCGCUAUGCCAAGCUAUUAAAUGGAACCCACAAGUCUCAUGUUCAUUCACAGGAAGAGGCGGCCGCUCUCUCAAGAUACAAGCCGAUAAUCAACUUAACAUCAUUAAUAAGUGAUUUGAAAGAAGUAGAGAUGGAUGCUGUCAAGGCUAUAAAAUACUUCAAUAGCACCCGUCACAUGGUUUUGUACUACGAGGAUCUCAUUACAAACAAUACGAAACUAGAAGAUGUUCAAGAGUUUCUAGGUAUUCCGAAGAUGGAAUUGACUAGUCGGCAGGUUAAAAUUCACAAAGGUCCGUUAUCGGAUUUUGUGAAGAACUGGGAUGAUGUGGUAAAGACAUUAAAUGGGACACAAUACGUGAAUUUCCUCGAAGCCGACUACUAAGAUCUACUCCAUUGCUAACAAAUUGAAGGUUGUGGAUACCAUCUUCUGUUGAUUUUCCCUUUUUAUUGAAAGCUUACCGGAGAGAUACCCAAAUAGAAAAUUUUGGCUGCCAUGAAAAGCAUGUACCAUUUCUUCUUUUUGUUCGAAUUUUAUUGAUG